CAACCGCCACUACCGAUAAAAAUAAGUGCGCUGACAUUUCGUGUGCAGUUUUAGAUUGAAUCUCGAAGCGUUAAGUGUAGUGAUAACAAUAUGGCAACAGUUCCGCUUGUAGUUUUCAAUAAUGGCCACACAUGCCCGAUAAUUGGUUUGGGAACUUGGAAGUCAAAACCAGGCGAAGUGACUCAAGCAGUGAAGGAUGCCAUAGAUAUAGGAUACAGACACAUUGACUGCGCGCAUAUCUACGGCAAUGAGAAGGAAGUCGGGGAGGCUCUGAGGGUGAAACUGGCUGAAGGAGUCAUAAAAAGGCAAGACAUCUUCAUAACCUCAAAACUUUGGUGCACUUUUCACAAACCCGAACUGGUCGAGGGAGCGCUGAAGACUUCGCUAGAAAAUCUUGGUCUAGAGUAUUUGGACUUGUACCUUAUUCACUGGCCCCAAGCAUAUAAGGAAGGAGAUGAUUUAUUCCCAGUGGAUGCCAACGGUAAAGCCAUCCCAUCUGAUGUAGACUUUGUGGAUACCUACAAGGCGAUGGAAGCCCUGGUCGACAAGGGUCUGGUGAAGAGUAUUGGCAUCUCCAACUUCAAUAAGGGACAGAUAGACCGGGUGGUUGAGGCUGCGAGAAUUAAGCCAGUAGUCAAUCAGAUCGAAGUCCAUCCCUACCUCAACCAACAGAAGCUGUUAGACCACUGCAAGUCCCAUGGCAUUGUGGUGACGGCUUACUCCCCGCUCGGCUCUCCAGACAGACCGUGGGCAAAACCUGGCGACCCCUCCCUGAUGGAAGACCAGAGACUGAAGUCAAUUGCUGACAGAUACAGCAAAACCGUGGCCCAAGUAUUAAUAAGAUACGCCAUCGACCGCCAGCUGAUUGUCAUUCCAAAAUCUGUUACAAAGAGUAGAAUCGAACAGAACUUCAACGUGUUUGACUUCCAACUGUCACCUGAAGACGUCGAGCUUAUAGCAACACUGGAAUGCAACGGCAGACUCUGCUCUAUGGGAGACACCCAUCACCCAGAUUUUCCGUUCCAUGAUGAAUACUAAUCUUUCCAAUUACAUAAUUACCUACGAUGAAUGUGGCCAAAACACAUCAAAAUAGUUCCUAAUAGCAUCUAUCAAAAUUGAUGGCCACAUCUCCUUUCAUCCAGUGGUGAAUUUGUCCACGGCUUUAUGAACCCAAGGCAGUAAAACAAGUUAAUAAAAGAAAUUGUUUCAUUACUGCAUCAUAAUGUGACUGUUUACCGCGCGACAGGACACCAUCUUGGUGACGUCAAAACAAGAUUCCGUCGUUGUUCCAAAUAGAUAUAUUAAAUAUCUCCGCAUUAUUUUAAUUACAACUUUAGAUCCGUGCUGGGAUCCUUACUACUCAUUAUAAUUGGAUGUGUGUUUAUUUGACAAUUAAACUAUAACGAAUCAA